CUUCAUUUUCUUUGAAACGUUUGGAGGUAUUUUCAUCAGAACCAUUGUUAUUGGAUUCAGGCCACAAAUGGGAAACACUCAAGUAGAGGUGCAGCUACAGUUCAACAAUUCCGUAUCGACUGAUCAAAUUCCAGAAGCUGAUGUUGUGGUAGACACAUUGGUACAGGCUGUAAAUAGUCCCAACAACACUUUCAAUCUUACUUUGGAUUCAGACUCAAUAGCAGUCGUUCAGCCAGAAACAACUACCCGUGUAUCCACAACUCAAGGGCCAACAACCAUCCUGGUACCACCAACGAAUGGACCAACUAACAGUACACCAACGACCACUCAUGGACCAACAACUGCAGUCACUUCAGUUCCAUCGCCAGUUGUGUCUAUUGAAGCAACUAUUGAGGAACCUUUUGUUCAAGAAUUGAAUGAUCCCAACAGUGAACAAUACCAAACUCUUCAAACACAAGUGAUAUCAAUGUGUGACUUCAUUUUCUUUGAAACGUUUGGAGGUAUUUUCAUCAGAACCAUUGUUAUUGGAUUCAGGCCACAAAUGGGAAACACUCAAGUAGAGGUGCAGCUACAGUUCAACAAUUCCGUAUCGACUGAUGAAAUUCCAGAAGCUGAUGUGGUGGUAGACACAUUGGUACAGGCUGUAAAUAGUCCCAACAACACUUUCAAUCUUACUUUGGAUUCAGACUCAAUAGCAGUCAUUCGUAAAACCAGAAACAACUACCCGUGUAUCCACAACUCAAAGGCCAACAACCAUCCUGGUACCACCAACGAAUGGACCAACUAA